GGAACGGCGAAACAAGAUGGCGGCCUUUGGAUCAACUUUUCACGGUUCUGUGUAAUUUAUGUGAAAAACUUGGCUUAAUUCGACCUGUCCCGCCACAGACAUAAUUCCAAGGUGUGACGCAGGUGAUCUAAGACUUCAUUCUGUGACUCGGUCGCACGUACAUUGUACUGUUUUCGCGUAAGGACUAGUUUUGUACCGAAGUUUACUCUGAAAAAUAUGGCUGACGCGGACGGCAUCUGGUCCCAACACGGAGGGAUGGACGGCCUGCCGCCCAGCGACCCGCCGGAAAUCAGCUUUGGGGCCCCGGAAGUUUUCCAGGUCGGCACGUCGGACUCCCCUGCGUCCGAGCUGCCGGACAGCGCGCUGGGGUACGGGGUGCCCUACAUACCGGACGAUGAUGACGACUCGCAGGAGGAGGAGGGGCCUGAGCUGUCUCCUGAUGGAAUCCUGGAUGAGGAGACAGUGGCCCAGGGUCUGUCUAACCUGGGGAAGGCUGCAGGAGGCACGUCUCAAGUCUUCCUGCACCUCACACUGCCGGGCUACAACCUAGCCGACAUCAGCCUGCUGCAGGACUAUGUCCACCUGCAGAGGCUGGAGAUGCCGUAUAACCAGAUCACAGACCUGUCUGCCCUGAGCUGUAUGACACACCUGCUGUACCUGGAUGUCUCUCACAACGAGCUGAGAGAUCUGCUUAACUUUGAUCCCCCCAUAAAUCUGAAGGAGGUGGACUACUCCUACAACAAGCUGGAGGCAAUUCAGGACCUGUCAGAACACACAGCUCUCACCAAGCUGACCCUGGACAACAACAACAUCACAGAGAUCACAGGCUUGUCCAACUGUCGGCAGCUCAGAUAUUUGAGUAUCGCCCACAACAACCUACAAAAGAUCAGUGGACUGGAUCAUCUCAAGAUCAAAUACCUCAGUCUGAGAGGAAACAACAUCAAGAGGAUAGAAAACUUGGAGACCUUGGUGUACCUUCAGGUGUUGAACCUGUCUGGAAAUGCCAUCAGCAGCAUGGCUGGGCUGGAGGGACACAACUAUCUGGAGUCUGUGGAUUUGGAUGACAAUGAGGUGAGCAACAUAGCUGAGGUGCAGUACCUGGUGGACCUGAGGCUGCUCACAGACCUGAACCUGAUGAGGAACCCCAUACAGGGCCUUCCUGACUACCGGUUGUCCAUCCUGUACAAGUUACAGCAGCUGUCCACUCUGGACAGGAAGAGAGCGGAAGUGGAAGAGAAGGUCCAGGCCAUCAACAUGUUCAACCCUCCCCAGGAGGUCAUAGCUGCGCAGGACCACAUCAGGAAUGUGGUGUACAGUUUCCUAACAGCCAGUAGGGUCUAUGACAGCACACUGCCCAGUAUUGAGACCCCCUACCCCAUGUUAGUACUGACUGGGCCCCAGGGGUCAGGGAAGAGGGACCUGGCUCUCCGAUUGGUGCAGGACUUUCCAGACUACUUUGGAUAUGGAAUUUCUCACACAACACGUCCCCCAAAGACAGGAGAGGAGGACAACAAAGACUACCACUUUGUGUCCAUGGAGAGGUUUGAGAACCUUAUCAGACAGGGAAAGUUUAUCCAGACAUGUCAGUAUGCAGGCCAUCUGUAUGGUCUGACCAUGGAUGCUGUGGAGGCUGUGGCUAAGGAAGGACUGGCCUGUGUGGUGCACAUGGAGCUGGAGGGUGUGAUGACUCUGAAGAACACCUACUUUGAGCCGAGGUACGUCCUGAUCAUCCCGGCUACCCGGCAGUACCUGGCAGAACGGCUCAGCUCCAGGGAGGGGAUACAUCAGGACGAGGUGACCUACAACAUCACCAGAUGGAACACUUAUGUGGACACCAACCAGACCUCUCCUGGCUUCUUCGACAUGGCCAUUGACAGUGAUGAUCUUGGGCAAGCCUACACGAACCUACGGAAGUUAGUUAUGGACUACCUGGGCAUUAGUGAUGCUGCAUCAUCUGAGACAUCCACCAUUGAUGGUGACUCCAGGUCCCAGAGUGCCAUAGAGGCCAAGGAUGGAACCAUGACUGGUGUCACAUCCACCAACUCAGCCACCAGGGCCACCAAGUGGAGCAAACCUACAGGCUCCAUCAGUAUGGACAUGGAGAUGGGAGGGGGGGCAGCUCGCACGUACUCCGGUCAACACCGCAAGAUGGAACCCAAGAAGACACCUGUGGAGGAAGCAUCCUAUGCUCGCAGGUCGGCUGCAGCCAAAGCUGCCAUCAUCACAGGAAUUGUGCCUAACCCAUACCAGCAGCUCAUGCAGAGACCACCUGGUACUGCACCAAGUAACACAUUGGAUCAGGACGGCCUUGGCGACCAUGAUCAGCAACGCCCGGCAACCGCUCCCAUGGAUGCCACCACGUCCUUCCUGUCCAUGCAGGCCAACACCAGCCAGGCUCUGCAGGGCAGCAUGGACUCUAGCUCCGACGAAUCAGAGGAGAGCGCGAGUCUGUCAGACCUCUCCUCAGCGAGGCAGUUCUCUGCUGCAGGAUCCUCCGACACAUCAGAACAGGGGGAGGGGGGUUACGCUGAAAGGGUGGAAGGCUUGGACUUAGCUGCCCUGGAGAAUGCCCUAUCAGAUCAAGGGUCUCUGACCUCCCCACCUGCAGCUCCGCGACCUGGGUCAGCGGGGUCAGGUCAAAUGUCAUUGCCUGGGUCAAGGCCAGGGUCAGCGAGGGAGCCAGUAACAUCAAGGCCUGGGUCAAAUCUCAAGCCUGUGCUACCACCCAUCCCCUCUUACAGAGGGGAGAAACAGGACAAGAGUCUGCCUGAUUUCUAAUUCUUUAUUGUACAUGAUAUUAAAACCAAUAAUCUCAAGGAAUUUUCACAUUUCAAUGAAGAAAGUCUGUAAACCGUUUUUCUGUAUAUAAUUAUAUUUCAAAUACUUUCUUCACUGUUUUGGUCUUUAUCUUUGAAGUCUUUGAGCUUCCCACAUCUGUUUAGAAAGUACAAACAUGUACUGCCUCUGCUGAAAAAACAGCUUGACAUUGACUUGAAUCAGUUUGUGUAAGUUAGAUAACUGCUAAAUACAUUGUACAAACUUUCAUGACUCUUGGCAGUAUAUUGUGCAUAUCAGGACACUUUCAUAGUGAAUGCAUGAGUAACUGAUUUUGAAUGGAGCACUCUCUUGCAGAUUGUGUUGAGUACUUUGCCUGUACUGUUGAAUGGGCCUCUUUAGUCAUUACAAGUCACUUGAUGCUUGUGUUGUACAAGUAAAAUGUAAAUAGUAAAUGGUAAGAUGUCAAAAUAUUUUCAACUAUGGAACAA